UUCCUCUCACUGAGCUUUGGAUCGGAGCAGAACUGGUAGUAGGCUGGUAGCAGCAAUGGCUUCAGCCGUUCCAUCAACCUUGCUCUUCUGCUUGGUGCUCCUUGUUUCACCCUACCUUGGCUGCUCCUACCACACCAGCUACACCCAUGGCGGAAUGCACUACGUUCUCCGUUCGAACCGAGACCACCGGCAACCGAAACAGACUCCAACCUGUUCCUCCGUGCAUUCUGGACGGAGCAGCAGCGAUGGGGUGCCUGUGCUGCACCGGCUGAGUCCAUGCUCCCCUCUCGGCGCCGCACGGAGCCAGGAACAGACGUCCGUGGCCGACGUCUUCCACCGUGACGCCCUCCGCCUCUGCUCCCUGUUCGGCGAGGACAACCAUGGCGACCCUGCACCCGGACCGUCAGCACCGGGCGGUGGCGUCUCCAUCCCCAACAAAGGCGACCCGAUCGAAACGUUGCCGGGGGUGUUCGAGUACCACGUCGUGGCUGGCUUCGGCACCCCGGUGCAGGAGUUCACCGUGGGGUUCGACACCCUCACCCCGGGCGCCACGCUGCUCAAGUGCACGCCGUGCGCCGCCGGCGGGGAGCCGUGUGACCCGGCUUUCGAGCCGUCGGCGUCGUCCUCCCUCGCCCAGGUCCCCUGCGGCUCGACGGACUGCCCGUUCCACGGCUGCUCCGGACCCAGCUGCACCCUCAGCGUCACCAUCAACAACACCCUGCUGGGCAACGCGACCUUCGUAACUGACACGCUCACGCUGACGUCGACGACCACCGUGGAGAACUUCAGGUUCGCGUGCCUCGAGGCCGGCUUCAGGCCGAGUGAUAACUCCACCGGCAUCCUCGACCUCAGCCGGAACAGCCACUCGCUGGCGUCCCGCGCCCCUUCCUCUCCGGGCACGGUCGCCUUCUCCUACUGCCUGCCGUCGUCCCCAGGCACCGUGGGCUUCCUCUCCAUCGGCGCCCCCAAGCCGGAACUCUCCGGCCGCAAGGCGAUCUACACCCAGCUGCGGAGCAACCCGGACAACGGGAACUUGUACGUCGUGGAGCUCGUCGGGCUGGGCCUCGGCGGCCCGGACCUCUCAAUUCCGCCGCCCGCCCUCGCUGGCGACACCAUUCUCGAUCUGCACACGACGUUCACCUACCUGAGGCCCGAGGUGUACGCGGCCCUCCGCGACAACUUCCGCAAAUGGAUGACGCAGUACCCCGCCGCGCCGUCGCUCGGUAGGCUCGACACGUGCUACAACUUCACCGGGUUAAACAUUUUCAUGGUGCCAGUGGUCACGCUCAAGCUCGACGGCGGGGCCGACGUCGACCUCUCCAUGGAUGAAAUGAUGUUCUUCCCCGACCCCGACAACCACUUCUCCAUCGCGUGCCUCGCCUUCGCCGCGGCGCCGGCGAACGCGCGGGAGGCAGCAGUGAUCGGAAACAGGGCGCAGUCGUCGAUGGAGGUGGUGUACGACGUGAGCGGAGGGAGGGUUGGGUUCGUCCCGUACCGCUGCUAAGUGCUAAGUAAGGAUCGCCACCACCCGUGUGCAUGGUGGAGAAGACGGUAAUGCUAGGGGUGUGUUUGUUCCCAUUUCACAUUUCCAGUCUGUAAUAAGAAGCAGAAGAGUCACGAGUGAUCUGCAAGGUGCGGAGCUAUAUAUCCGUACGACCGAAUAAGCAGCAAACCCAGCAAUCAUAAGCUGGUUGUCAGCUGCCACACCUUUAGCAAAUUUAGCAGGAACCUCCGAAUAUCGGUUGUACCUUCUCUUUAAUUUGUGAUGCAUGCGUGGGAUACGUGGAUGUG